UGUGCACACCUGUGAAGAGGGGAGGAGUCCAGACAGGAGGGUAUAAGACCCAAAGCACAGGCAGAGGAUGCGGGGAAGCUGCUGUGAGUUAGAGUGCUCAACAUGGGUAACUGGAUUAUCAACAAUGGACUUACAGCCUUCAUACUGGUGGUCUGGAUGGCCAUCAACAUCUUCCUUUUCGUCUGGUUUUACUUCUUCUACGAUUUGGGGGAUCAGUUUUUCUACACGCGCCAUCUUUUAGGGUCUGCCUUGGCCUGGGCCAGAGCUCCGGCUGCUGUCCUCAACUUUAACUGCUUGUUGAUCCUCCUCCCAGUAUGCAGAAACCUGCUGUCUCUGUUUCGAGGCUCCUUAAUGUGUUGUGGCAGAUCAGUGAGGAAACAACUGGACAAAAAUCUGAGUUUCCACAAGCUGGUGGCGUACAUGAUCGGCCUGAUGACAGCUGUUCAUAUGAUCGCCCAUUUGUUGAACGUGGAGUGGUACAACAACAGCAGACAAGGAAUUUAUGAUGAACUCAGCACUGCUCUGUCCAACCUGGAGGACGGAGAAAACACCACCUACCUGAACCCAAUCCGCAUAACAAACCUUGAUCCGCAGCAGAUUCCAACAUACUUUGUCUUCACCACCAUCGCUGGUCUCACAGGGGUCAUCAUCACUCUGGCCCUCAUCCUCAUCAUCACCUCCUCCAUGGAGGUCAUCAGACGCAGCUACUUUGAAGUCUUCUGGUACACCCACCAUCUCUUCAUCAUCUUCUUCGCUGGUCUUGUCUUUCACGGAGCUGGGCGCAUUGUGAGGAGUCAACAGAGUGAACCACCACAUAACUUUACCUUCUGUAAAGACCGCCCUGCUGACUGGGGACGGAUUCCUGAGUGUCCCAUCCCUAAGUUUGCUGGAGGGUUCCCACAGACUUGGAUGUGGGUGAUCGGUCCAAUGGUUCUGUACGUUUGUGAACGUCUGCUGCGUUUCAUUCGUUACAUGCAGGCAGUCACAUACAGGAGGAUUGUGAUGCGGCCCUCCAAGGUGCUGGAGCUGCAGCUGGUAAAAAACGGUUUCAAAAUGGAGGUGGGUCAGUACGUCUUCCUCAACUGCCCAGCCAUCUCUCAGCUGGAGUGGCACCCUUUCACCAUGACCUCUGCCCCAGAGGAGGACUUCUUCAGCGUCCACAUCCGCUCGGCCGGCGACUGGACUGACAAACUCAUCGAGAUCAUGCAGAAUCUACCAGAAGGAGCACAGGGACCCAAGAUGGGUGUGGAUGGGCCCUUUGGCACAGCCAGUGAGGAUGUAUUUGACUAUGAGGUUAGCAUGCUGGUCGGUGCCGGCAUCGGAGUCACCCCCUUCGCCUCCAUCCUCAAGUCCAUCUGGUACAAGUUCAAAGACUCCAACCCUAAACUGCGUACCAGAAAGAUCUACUUCUAUUGGCUGUGUCGGGAGACGCACGCCUUCGAAUGGUUUGCUGACCUCCUACAGGUUCUGGAGAAAGAGAUGGAGGAGAGAGGCAUGGGGGAUUUCCUCACCUAUAAACUCUAUCUGACCAGAUGGGAUCAAAGCCAUGCUGAUCACGUGAUGGUUCACUCUGAUCAGGACAAAGAUGUGAUCACUGGGCUCAAACAGAAAACCUACUACGGCAGACCUGCUUGGGACAAGGAGUUUGAACAAGUCCGCAAAGAGAACCCCACGUCUGUGGUGGGAACCUUCUUAUGUGGUCCCGAAGCUCUGGCCAAAGUCCUGGCCAAGAAAUGUGCCAAAUACUCAGACGUGGAUCCUCGCAAGACCAAAUUUUACUUCAACAAGGAGAACUUCUGAGUGAAAAACAAAAACAGCAAAGCAUUCAAGCUUUUUUUUCAAGGACUAUUAUUUUAAGACAAUACGUGACAAAGACACCUGACAACUUGUAACACUACCUGGGUCUGUCCCACUGUACUGCACACUGAUAAAGGGCAUUUGUUAUUUUAGCAGCAUUACUCAGGGUCUGACUUUCUUUCCUCACACCUUUUCAUCCAUGAAGAAGCUAUACUUAGACUUCAUAAUCCACUAUGACUCAUGAUCUCUACAGUCAGUUACACUCAGGUGUGUGUACUCAUUCUAUCAUUGAUUUAAAGCUGCUUUUCUGGUAAAGCCCCCGUAGUUCCUUAUGGCCUGAAACAAUCAAAGUAUUUUACUGUUACAGGGAGGUCAAGAGGUUUUGUCUCUGUAGUACACUCGCAGUUAGUUCAUUAGACAGAUUAAUAUUUGAAGUACACAGUUGAAUGUUCUGUUUUUUCUUAUUCAUCAUUUGUAAAUUAAAUUUUCAGUAUGCUGAAUUUCUUGUUUAACGCAACUAACAGCCCCGAACCAAAAAGAUUCAGUUUACAGUCAUGCAAGAUAAAAGUAAAGCAGCCAGUCAUCGUGUAUAAGAAGCUGUAAUUUGUUAAUGUUAUUCUUGAGAACUGUCAUCGAUAUAAAUUAGUUCAUCAAAACACUGUAAAUAACCACGGUGUUCUUGAAAUAUGUAUAUAAUAAAUGUGAUUAAGCUACAGGGUAAAACUGAUAAUCUUGUGGACAGGUUUCUUGGAAACAGUGGUUUAUGACGAGCUGUCAGAAAUUGCUGGCAUUUCCUUAUCAGAGUAAGAAGACGGUAAACAAGGAGGAAGACAACCAGUCACGUAGCCUGGAGUCAUCUGAGGACAUGGAAGAACUGAUGCUUAGACAUUAAUAUUUCAUGUUAUUCUGCAUCUUUCUUCUAUACAAUUCCAGACUUAAUAAAUAAAUGAAAGCAC